AUGGGAAAGUCAAGAGAUCUAUUCAAGAAAAUUGGGGAUCUAAAAGUUACCUUUCAUGCCAAAGUGGGUGUGAUAAAAGACGAAAAUGGCAGGGACUUAACAGAAGAUGAUCAGAUAAAGAAGAGAUGGCAGGCAGGGACGUAUUAGCCGCGAGGCAAACAAGGCAUUUGCCUUGGGCGGCAUUUUUCAGGGGGCGGCAAAUACCCAGGGCAAAUGCCUAGUUAGCCUUGCGACUAACAGACAUGCUCUGUGGCGCUGGCUGAUGGUCGGGCGGGCGGCUGGCGAGGGAGCUCUUCCUCUGAGCGGUCUGCUCAGCUCCCUCGUGCGCCGCAGAGUGAAGCUGGGAGCCGGGAUAUGACGUCAUAUUCCGGCUCCCAGCCUCACUCUACGGUGCGCGAGGGAGCUGAGCAGUCCGCUCAGAGGAAGUGCUCCCUCGCCAGCCGCCCGCCCAGCAGCCAGCCCAUCAGCCCGACCGGCAGACACUGGACCACCAGGGAGAAAGAGGAACCCCCUCACCCCCCAGCACUCCCAAAGGUAAGGAGGCUGGGGGGGUUAAAUAAAAAAAAGUGUUAAUGUGCGUGUUUUUGUCUGACUGUGUGUGUGUGCGUGCGUGCGUGCGUGUGUGUCUGACUGUGUCUGUGUGUGUGUUUGUGUCUGACUGUGUGUGUGUAUUUAGAAGGUGGGGCGGGGGGCAGGGUUGGGUGGGGGUGGCGCGGGGGGGAGGGGAGUGUCUGAGUUUUGUCCUGCCUAGGACAGCACAAAACCAGGAUACACCACUGAUGGCAGGAUUACACUGAUGGCAGGAUUAACAGCAGCGAUGACCUCAAUAGUUGGUCCAAUGAGCUGGAACCAGAAACCUUGAAGAGCGAAGUGAGAUGGGCCCUAGCAUGCCUUGCAGAUAACAAGGCUGCAGGAGUUGAUGAAAUCCCAAUUGAACUAUUCAACAUUCUGCUAGAUGCUGCUGUGAAAUUUCUGCUUGCCUUAUGCCAACAAAUUUGGAAAACUCAACAGUGGCCAAGACUGGAAAAGGUCAGUCUACAUCCCAAUCCCCAAAAAAGGCAAUGCCGAAGAGUGCUCUAAUUAUCAAACAAUUGCACUAAUUUCAUAUGCCAGCAAGGUAAUGCUUAAGAUCCUACAAGUUCAACUCAAACAAUAUAUUGACCGGGAAUUACCAGAUGUACAAACUGGGUUCCGCAGAGGAUAAUAGAGAAAGCCAGAGAGUUCCAGUAAAACAUCUACCGAUACUUCUGCUUCAUAGACUAUUCUAAAGCCUUUGACUGUGUGGAUCACAAAAACAUGUGGCAAGUUCUUAAAGAGAUGGGAGUACCAGAUCAUCUCAUCGGCCUCCUGAUGAAUCUGUAUGUGGACUAAGAAGCCACAGUCAGAACCGAAUAUGGGACAACAGAAUGCUUUAAGAUCGGGAAAGGGGUUUGACAAGGUUGUAUAUUGUCACCUUAUUUAUUCAACGUGUAUGCAGGCUGGGCUGAAUGAAUCUGAAGCCGGAAUCAAUAUUGCUGGAAGAAAUAUCAACAAUCUCAGAUACGCGGAUGAUAUUACUCUGGCUGAAAGUGAAGAAGAACUAAAGGACCUAUUGAUGAGGGUAAAAGAAGAGAGUGCAAAAGCUGGCUUGCUGCAUAAUGUUAAAAAGACUAAGAUCAUGGCAAACAGCAAUCUCUGUUCCUGGCACAUAGAUGGGGAAGAAGUGGAGUCAGUGACAGGUUUUAUUUUCCUGGGAUCCAAGAUCUCUUCAGAUGGCGACUGUAGUUAUGAAAUUAAAAGCCGUUUGCUUCUGGGGAGGAGAGGUACAGCAAGCUUGGUCAAGCUGGUAAAAAUUAAAGACACUAUCAACAAAGGUCUGCAUAGUCAACUAUGGUAUUCCCAGUAG